AUGACUGAAGAAAUUACCCCCUCCCGUGGCCCGGAGCGCCGGGCGGUUGCGCCAUCCAACCCGGCUUUCGUAACCGCGAGCCGGGGCUGCCAAGAGGAGCUUCUGCACCGGUUCCUCAAAUGUUUCGCUGUUGCCAGGACGGCCCGCUGCUCUGCGUCACGUGCAAGUGGGAAGUCGCGCCGACACCGACUGGAGCCGCGCCGGGCCGAGCGCUCGCAGUCGGAGCGGAGUGCCGAGCCCGAGGCGGACGGCCACUGCUCCCGGGGCUCCCGCCCCCCGCCGCCCGGUCCCGGCUGCGGAGCUGCCCCGCCGCCCGCCGCCCCGCGCACAAGGAAGCAUGCCGGCCGUCGGCUGCGCGCUGCUGGCCGCCCUGCUAGCCGCGCCCGCGGUCGCGAUGGCCCUCGGGAGCUGCCGCGCGCUGGGCCUGAGUGCCACAAACCCAGUCACCAGAUUGAAUCGAGGGCGAAAGCUGUCUUGGACAAGCCAGUGGCCAUAGAGGUGGCAAAGGAUACGGUGACCAGCCUGCCCGGGGCCACUGUCACCCUGAUCUGUCCUGGGAAGGAAGCAGAAGGCAAUGUCACCGUUCGAUGGGUGUACUCUGGCUCACAACACAGACGGUGGACGACCAUGGGAAACACGCUGCUUCUGAGGGCAGUGCAGCUCAGUGACACGGGGAACUAUUCAUGCUUCCUGGAUGGUCACCUGGUUGGGACUGUGCCCUUGCUGGUGGAUGUUCCUCCAGAGGAGCCCAAACUCUCCUGCUUCCGGAAGAACCCCCUUGUAAGUGCUACUUGUGAGUGGUUUCCCAGCAGCAGCCCUUCUCCAGCGACCAAGGCUGUGCUGUUCGUGAAGAAAAUCAACAGCACCAACUCGAAGAGUGACUUCCAGGUGCCCUGCCAGUAUUCUCAGAAGUCCAGAAGCUUCUCCUGCCAGGUGGAAAUCCUAGAGGGUGAAAGAGUUUACCAUGUCGUGUCACUGUGUGUUUCGAACAGUGUCGGAAGCAAGUCUAGCAGCAACGUGGCAUUUCAGAGCUUAAAAAUUGUGCAGCCUGACCCGCCUAUGAAUCUGGUCGUAUCGGCCAUACCUGGAAGGCCUCGUUGGCUCAACGUCACCUGGCAAGACCCCAAGUCCUGGGACUCACGCUACUACAUGCUGAAGUUUGAGCUUCGAUACCGACCCGUGUGGUCAAAGACAUUCACCGUGUGGCUGCUCCAGGUGGCCCAGUACCAGUGCAUCAUCCAUGAUGCCUUGCGAGGAGUGAAGCACGUGGUGCAGCUCCGUGGAAAGGAGGAGCUUGAGACUGGCCAAUGGAGCGAGUGGUCCCCGGAAGUCACGGGCACUCCUUGGAUAGAGCCCAGGAGCACUCCUGCAGGGAUCCUUGGAAGCCCCACGCAGGUCUCCGAUGAAGACUAUGAUGAUGAGGAGGAUUGGUACAGUUCUCGAGAAGUAACAAGCAGCCCGGCCUCAGUGCACGAAUCUUCCUCAAUAGCGCUUCCCACGUUCCUGGUGGCUGGAGGAAGCCUGGUGUUUGGGUUGUUCCUCUGUGUCUGCAUCAUCCUGAGGCUCAAGAAGACAUGGAAGUCCCAGGCCGUGAAGGAGAGCAAGAUGAGUUCUCCCCCGCCAUAUUCCUUGGGACAGCUGAAGCCGACCUUCAUCUUGGUCCCUCUCCUCACCUCCGCAGGGUCCCACGACAGCCCUUGGCCUGACACCACCUUAAGCCACGGCUGCCUGGGUGUCAGGGACCUGCAGAGCCCGUAUGGCACCGGCAAUAGAGACUACUUAUUCCCCAGAUAAGGCGUCUGGAUGGUACCUGGCAGCUGGCACGGUGUCAGGAGAUGGGCACACAUGUUUCUCACUGCCAUUCCUGUUCACCUGGGCCGGGGGUGGGUGUGGGUGGGGCUGCAGCUCCGUUUCCCACAAGAACCUUGCAGAAUAUUCGGAACCGGUCAAGACUGGUGUGCUGCAUACGCUCCGAAGGAAGGGGUUGUGAGGGACACAGGGACCUGCGAUGACUGGAUAGGUGUGUAGAUAGAGAUAUCUACACACUGAUCAGCCUUCACAAGCUGCACCCGCAGGAUAACCUCAGGUAGGGGUGCCAAAGGUUGCCCCAGUUGCCUAGCUCUGGAUCACUGCCCUAACCCACCUUUUAGCUGGAACUCUUAAAAUCCAAGCGCCUUUGACAUUUCUCUUUUCCGAGGCCGGUAAGGCUGGGGAGGAAGCUCGUUCCUUCCUUCCUUCCUUCUCAGUACCUGGAAAGCCGCUGGAAACGCCGCUGGAAGUCCCGGUUGUGGUGACUGAUAUCUCAGGGCCUGAUGGUUUUAAAGGGAAUGACAAUUAACUUCUUACAAGCGUUUUCCAAAUGUGAAUGAUAAUCCUAGGCACUGCUGACUGUAGAAGUUUUAUUUCCUUCUUUGACCUCAGGACUUCAGGAGAAGAGAAGCAGAAAGGAAGUAGGGGAGGACAGAUGUCCACUGUCCCUGUUGUAGUUGAGGGGGACGCAGCCUCUGAAAACAUGUUUUCUGUGCCCCGCUACUCCCCCAGGGGAGGGAUGGUGUCAGUGAGGGCCUCUGCCAGGGCAGAGUGCAACUGCCUUACCUCCGGCCUUGCCUAUACUGGUUUCAACUGGACCUGAGCUGCUAGAAAAGAUGACAUUCAUGCAAAAAGGAAAACUUAACUAGCAAGAAAGCAUUUCUAGUUUGCUUUUUACGAAACUGUUUCCUGAGCCAGGUGGUAGUGGAGGUGGCGCACGCACGCCUGUAAUCGCAGCAUUUGGGAGUCAGAGGCGGGCAGAUGUCUGUGAGUUCGAGGACAGCCAGAGCUACACAGAAAAACCUUUCUCAGAAAACAAACAAACAAACAAAAACCUGUUGCCUGUUUCUCUUGAUUCUGGAAGAGGCCACUCACUGUGUGCUUGUGUAUGAACCACCCCUGGGAGUGGGGGUGGGGUGACACAGUAGCUUUGUUUAGCGCAAAAGCCAAGUCAAGUGAAAAUCGAGAAAAAUGACUGUUUUCUGUAACAGAAAAGACUUCAGUUUCAUUCUGUAUCUUUUUUUUUUUUUU